AACAGACACCACCACUUUCAAAGACUACAGCAGACAUCAGACUAGAGGGGAAAUGGACAGAGACGGGACAACCAUUCCUUCUACUAGAAGAUGACAUCUUCCAUAACAACAGAAUACUUGCGUUUGCGACAACAGACAACCUUCAAGACCUUGCUGCCAGAACAGUGGGUGAAUGGUGACAGACUUAUUUGGAAUCACUUCGUAACCAAUGGAGCACGGACCAAUAACAACUUAAAAUGGCACGGGAAGUUGAAGAGGAUGGCCCUACACGCGCACCCAAACAUCUACACUGUCAUCAACAUCUUCAAGGACAUCCAGAACGGCAAAGAAAUUCUACAGAUCCAGAAACAAGCAGGAGGAACCAUUCGUCAACCUACAAAGAAGUACGCGAACAUCAAGAAGAGACUGCAGACCCUGAAGGAGCGAUGCCAAGACGUGAUCAUCGACCUUAUGACCUACGCAGAUUCAACAUUGGAACUUCUUCAUUUCGGACAUUGACAUAGUGACAGUAAAAGUACAUUAAGACAGACUCCGUGCCCAUAUUAGUAUCUGUGUAAAUAUUGUAUAUAUACUGGUAUGAAUUAUACUUUUUAAAACUUUGUCAUUUUGAAUUGUUAUUUAUGUUUAAGACAACCAUGUAUUUAUGAGUUUGUUAUAAA